UUAACGCUCACAUCAUCUCCUGGGGUUCCUGGGGCUGGCGUACCUGCCGUCUCCACACCCUCGGCCCGUGCCUCCCACCUCCGCUCCCUACCUGACCACCGCCGAUCGUCUCCUCACCACUACCUUAAAACACCAGGAUAUACAAGCGCGAAUGGUGACAGGAAAGCGCGGCAUUACAAAGGGUGAUUUCUUGGGUUAAGUGUGUGUUGAGGUGUAGUUUGUGGCGCGGGUAGUGAGGCAGCACACUCGCUCUUGGCCAACACUGGCGGCGGGAAGUGACUCGACCCACAUUCUCGGAAGUGACAUAUUGUUCCUGUGAAUCAGAUCCUGUGAGGAAGGAAAUAUAUAAGACGCGACACUGCCCUUAGCUGCCACUGCCAGGCGCUCCUUCGCGGUGGAGCCACUGAGACAGGAGAGGAGGGAACACAACACUAACGAAGGAAAAUAGUGUUAGUGUAUACCUGUUUCCUACAGUGAGAUAAUUCACCUUGUUUCAGGUAACACACAAAGCUUCUUAUAGACUAAAUAAUCCAAUUAUCUUUAGUAGGAAUUAGUUCAAAUACAAAACAAAAUCCCAGAGCUAGUGAAUAAUUAUUGAUGCAAAUAACAUAAUGAAUAUAAAUUAUUUACAAAGGAAGUAUAAUAAUGAAUAUUAAAGACGUACAUUAUAAUAAUUAAACACUUAAACUGAACCAAUACCCGGUGAAGCUUCUACAGAAAAAGACCACAAGAGACACCGCCAGAAUACUGAACCAAAACUACUAAAAUCAGUGCCAUAAACAGUGUUAUAGUUAGAAUUAGCGACAGUGCCUCACAGUGUUGUCAUCACUGCCAGAAGGUGCGCCUCAGCAGUGCCAGCAGCCUAUGUGAGGGCUGGGAGGCCCUGUGAGAUAGCAGGCCCUGAGGUAGACAGGAGCUGAGCAUGUGCCAGCACACACAGCCACCUGACGCCCACCCACCACGACCACGCUAACUUCCCCUCCCUCCUUCACACUCUCCUCCAGGAAGGUCAUCCUCUAGCAAGUGUGAGAGGGUCGACGAUGAGACUUGGGUGGAGGGGGAGGGCGGGGGGCUGGCACCCCCUGCUGUGGGCCGCCCUCCUACUGCUGUGUGUGGCCGUCGGCAGCGCGGACAUUAAGCGACGGGAACCCAAGUGGUGGAGAAUCGCCAAGAUCGCCGACCCGUCAAACCUGAUGAGCAACCACAUCAUGUCCAACUCCCUGAGUGACCACGACCUUGACCCAGCCAUCCGCCUCAUCCUCCGCAAGAAACAGAAACGCUUAGUGAGGGACAACCCGGGCGUCCUGGUAGCCAUAGCUAAGGGCGCUCGCACCGCCGUCCACGAGUGCCAACACCAGUUCCGCAACAGACGCUGGAACUGUUCCACCUCCGCCUUCGUCAGCAGGAAAACCCUCUUCGGCAAGAUCGUUACAAAGGCGUGUCGGGAGGUGGCCUUCCUGUACGCCCUCACCUCGGCCGCCGUCACCCACACCGUCACCCGCGCCUGUACUGAGGGCACCGUCGACUCCUGCAACUGUGACUACCGGGCCAAGGGGCCCUCAGGCCUGGACUGGGAGUGGGGCGGCUGCUCGGACAACAUCGACUUCGGCAACAAGUUCGCCCGACUCUUCGUCGACGCGGGCAUGAAGGGACGUGACCCGCGUUUCCCUAUUGACCUACACAACAACGAGGUUGGCAGACUGCACGUGAAGGACAACAUGAGGAAGGAGUGCAAAUGUCACGGUAUGUCUGGCUCCUGCACCGUCAAGACCUGCUGGUGGAGGCUGCCUUACUUCAGGAGGGUGGGCGACGCACUCAAGGAUCGGUUCGACGGGGCUUCUCGGGUGCUGGUGAAGAACCUCGGUAACCCCCGCACGCCCAACGACCGCCGCCCUAACCGACGGAGGAAGAGCAAGAAGAGGAAGAGAAAGUCCUUCAGGCUCUUCAAACCCUUUAACCCCGACCACAAGCCGCCCUCCAAGAAGGAUCUCGUCUACCUGGAGGAGUCGCCGGACUUCUGCCUCCGAAACCGUCAGCUGGGUAUCAUCGGGACACAAGGCAGAGAGUGCAACAAGACGAGCAUCGGUGUGGACGGGUGCGACCUCAUGUGCUGCGGGAGGGAGUACCACUCCCAGGUGGUGGAGGUGGAGGAAAGGUGUUCCUGUACCUUCCAGUGGUGCUGCGUCGUCAAGUGCAAGACCUGCAAAUAUAUGAAGACCAUACACACCUGUUCCUAGUGGCCUCCACGCACCAGGUCCUCAAGAGAGACGUAGUUGCUCUUCCCUGCUUUGAGAGCAGGAUGGUGCCGUGCAUUUGUGCAGUUGCGAACGUGUUAGCAAAAAUGACUCACCAUGCAGGUUCCCGUCAGGGACAUUCAGAUAUCACUGGGACAACACCCUUACUUGUCUAUCUCUAAGUGAAUCUUAUCGCUGAGGUGUAGAUACUGUGCACGAACCCUCAACUGUGCUCCUGAGGCAGUGGCGUGAACACACUUGCUAGUGAGGCAUUGUAAAUACGAGUUUUGCUGCAGCCUUUACCGCCAACUGUAAAUACGACGGAGAGUGAAUACGACGGGCCAAAAACGAAUGUAAAUAAACCGAUCAUCAGUUUCCUGUAAAUAGAAGAAAAUUUCUCUCAUCUUACAAGGCAUGUAAAUAGUACGACAACACACCAUGUUUGGAUAAUGAAGUGUCAAGGUGCAUGAUCAUCUUGAACUCGGAAACUGUGUUAUAAAUAAUCAAAUCUAUGAGAAAAAGAACAUAAUGAAAGUGACGUGAAAAUAUGACAAGAAAAUUAAUCAAUCUUCAGAAUAAACUCCUGAGGUAAUUAUUUACCUUUAAUUCCAAAUAAUAAUGUUGUAAGAGGCUUGAAUACAAAGUUACAACAUCAGUCUCAUAACACACCAUAGAUACUGUCACAAGUGUCAUUUUAAUAACACUGACUUUAGGAAGAAAGCCACUUCUCUCCUCCCACUCCACGUCACACUGGAUAAACGUGUUUGUGUAUGAAAAUGCAUAUUUGACUCCAGUGUUAAGAGCAAGUGCAGUAAGUAAAGCCUUAUCACCAGAAUAACCUGAUUUGUUUUACCAUGAUGCUGUGUUCGUCAGACCUAAGGUAAACGGAUAUUAAAACAGGAUCUUUAAACUAAGAGAACCUGAAGAUAGGAACCUUUCACAUGAGGAUCCCCAGAGGGAGGAGUCUGAAGACCGAUGACUUAGGCUGAGAAGUCAUGAUACCAAAGGACAAGGAAGUGACCAACCACACACACCAAAGGACCAGGAAGUGACCAACCACACACACCAAAGGACCAGGAAGUGACCAACCACACACACCAAAGGACCAGGAAGUGACCAACCACCAAAGGACCAGGAAGUGACCAACCACACACACCAAAGGACCAGGAAGUGACCAACCACACA